GAUGAGUACCGUUCAGAACAAGAGCUGUCAGAGGAGGAUGUGAAGAACGCCGUGUCCAUCCAUCAUUCUCUGGCCAUGAGAGCAGCUGAUUACAGCAAGAGGCCCAAUGUUUUCUACCUGCGAACCGCUGACUGGAGGGUCUUCCUCUUCCAGGCACCAAAUCCAGAACAGAUGCAAUCGUGGAUCACACGCAUCAACAUGGUGACGGCCAUGUUUUCUGCUCCUCCGUUCCCAGCUGCAGUUGGGUCGCAGAAACGUUUUAGCCGUCCUCUGCUGCCAGGAUCCAACACCAAACUGUCACAGGAAGAGCAGCUCAAAUCUCAUGAGAACCGGUUUAGGGCAGUUUCCUCUGAACUAGUUGAACUCAUAGCGUCCACACCCGACCGAAAGAUGAAAAGUCGUGAGAUGGAGGAGCAGAAACUCCGGAAGGAGUACCUGGAGUUUGAGAAAACACGUUACGGUACGUACGCCAUGUUGCUGCGAGCCAAGGUGGCGAGCGGAGACGAGGACCUGUCGGCCUUUGAGUCUCGGCUCUUCAAAGACGGAGGUCUGCAGAGGGCACACUCCAGUCCUUCUCUGCCUCAGGACGCUGCCAGCAAAGAGAAGACUCGCGGGACCAAGACGUCCAAGAGCCUAAAGGUCACAUCAUUUUCAUCCUUAAUGUCCAAGAGUGAGAGCGGCGUCAAAGACGCAGUCAGGAAACAAAGUGAUGGUGAGAACAACCAGAGGGCGGAGCUUCAGAAGCAGAGGAGCAAACAGACUGAGUGAAGUUCAAAUGACCACUAACUUACCUGUGAAUGGAUGAGGCACUUUCACCUGAGCUGAGACCUUCAACAUCUGCAGGAAGUAGUCUCAGCUGCUGGCCUUCACAAUAAAAGUUUUAUUUCCUGUCAGGAUUUUUGUUAGUUCAGGGGUGCAUUAUUGUGAAAUGCUGGACUUUAAUGGAAUGCUGGGUCACAAACAAAUAAUGGUUUUCAUUUUCGUUCCCUCAGACUGCUCUGCUGGUCCCCAGGGGAGUGAAGACCUCCUCAUGAGCAUAAAACACACAAAAUAAAAGCCCUGAAGCCACACAGUAACACAAUACCUCCUGUCUGACUUCACUCCAUGUGUUUCUCAUUUAUUUAUUCAUGUUUGUGCUGGAAACUAACAGGAAGUGUGAGGGCUCAUCAGUGACCAACAGGAAACACAUCAGCAUGAGUGACAACAAUCAGAUCAAACUGAUGUAACAAACAACUGUAAAACACCUGGAUGUUUGGUCAACUGGAGUCUAAUGGUGCAGAUCUGGUUCUGAGUCAUCCACCUCAGGGACUGGUUUUCCUCUUAACACCAACCUUUAUUAGUAACUUUAUUAACAAGUUACUGAUUGAAGGUUUCUGUUGUAUGUUCCAACAAGAACAAUCAAACAGUUGUUUUUGUUUGUUUGUUUAGUUUUUAUGAGUUUGU